GGACUGGCAGCCUCACAGCCGCAGUGGAAACUGCUUCAGGCCGCAAGGCACUGGUGGUGGGGAAACCGAACACGUACAUGUUUGAUUGCAUCGUGGAGCGUUUCGGCGUCGACCCGUCCCGCACCCUCAUGGUGGGAGAUCGUCUGGAGACAGACAUCCUCUUUGGCAAGAACUGCGGCCUCUCCACCAUCCUCACCCUGACGGGAGUCUCCCGCCUGGAAGAGGCGCAGGCCUACAUGGCCAGUGACAGCGCCGCCGCCAAGGAUAUGGUGCCCAAUUACUAUGUGGACAGCAUUGCAGACUUGAUACCAGGUCUGGAUGAGUAG